ACAAAAACAAAUAGAAGUAUAGUAUAUUUUAUAUUAAACAAAAUAUCACUGUUUCGUUAAUUGAUUGUGAAUCACGUAUCCUAAUUCAUAUCUGUAAGCGCAACAGAUCUUGUUUGUGUCAACAGUAGCUCAAGUUCUUUAAAUUGGGCGUAGCAGGCUGGUUCCUCCUUGAAUAAUAUGGCUGCCGAAAUAAAGCCAGCGCAGCGGACCAACAAUGAUCGCUUUAACACGUCCAAGAAGCCGGAAUUGCUGAGUAAGCUAGAGGGCAGUAGCGAUGAUGUGAACGCGGCCAUCCUAAUUCCUGGAGAGAACGGCGUAAUUAGCGUUUCAGAUGACAAAACCGUUCGUGUUUGGUUGAAACGCGACUCCGGUCAGUAUUGGCCCAGUAUUUGCCAGUACAUGCCUUCCGGCUGCACGGCGAUCGAGUACGUCCCGGAAUCCCGACACUUGUACGUUGGCCAGGAGAACGGAACGGUCACCCAGUAUGCUCUCUCCGAAGACUGCAACCGCCUGUCAUUCUUGCGGGAUUACUUAUCACAUCAAGCCAGAGUUGUGGCCGUUGUUUUCUCUAAAACCCACAAAUGGGUCCUUUCCGCAGGCAAAGAUAAGCAGUUCGCCUAUCAUUGCACGGAGAGCGGCAAAAGAGUGGGCGGAUACAACUUUGAGACUCCAUGCACUGCACUCCAGUUUGAUGCAUUAGCCAAGUAUGCCUUCGUUGGCGAUCACGCUGGGCAAAUAACAAUGCUGCGGUGUGAUGUUCAGGGAGUUCAACUGAUUACCACGUUUAAAGGACAUACAGAUAAAAUACAAUCGAAAAGUUUUAACAAUAAUCGGCGCCUGCGAUCAGUCCGUAAUAGUUUGGGAUGUCGGUGGCAAACGUCGCAUUAUUUACGAGCUGCAGGGACAUGGGUGGAGAAAUAUCGUCCGAAUGCCUUAGAUGAUUUGAUAUCUCACGAGGAAAUAAUAUCAACAAUAACCCGCUUUAUAAGCCGAAAGCAACUGCCGCAUUUACUAUUUUAUGGUCCACCUGGCACGGGAAAAACGAGCACAAUAUUGGCGUGCGCCCGUCAACUUUACUCUCCACAGCAGUUUAAGUCUAUGGUUUUGGAGCUUAACGCAUCGGAUGACCGAGGAAUUGGAAUUGUGCGAGGCCAAAUCCUUAAUUUUGCGUCCACGCGAACCAUAUUUUGCGACACUUUCAAACUGAUUAUUUUGGACGAGGCCGAUGCCAUGACCAACGAUGCCCAGAAUGCUUUGCGGCGCAUCAUUGAGAAAUAUACGGAUAACGUUCGAUUUUGUGUGAUUUGCAAUUAUUUGAGUAAAAUCAUUCCGGCGCUGCAGUCGCGUUGUACCCGCUUUCGAUUCGCUCCUUUAUCCCAGGAUCAGAUGAUGCCUCGACUGGAAAAAAUCAUUGAUACCGAAGCUGUUCAAAUAACCGAAGAUGGAAAGCGGGCUCUACUUACGCUAGCCAAAGGCGAUAUGAGAAAGGUUUUGAACGUUCUGCAAAGUACCGUGAUGGCAUUUGAUAAGGUCAACGAGGAUAAUGUCUACAUGUGCGUAGGCUAUCCGCUGAGGCAGGAUAUCGAACAGAUUUUAAAGGGGUUGCUAUCUGGCAAUAGCUUCGAGGCAUCGUUCAAAACUGUCGAAAGUGCGAAGUACGCAAGAGGCCUUCCGUUAGAAGACAUAAUAACAGAACUGCAUUUAUUUGUUAUGAGGCUUGAACUACCGAUGUCAGUGAUGAACAAACUUAUUAUCAAGCUAGCACAAAUCGAAGAAAGAUUGGCCAAAGGAUGUACAGAAGUUGCGCAAACGGCAGCCCUAGUGGGCGCCUUCUUUAUUUGCCGGGAUAUGGUUUCCAUGGAGAAAUAAACAAUUGUCUAGUAAUUAAGUACAAAUAUAAAUUGGCAAAAAGUCCCUUGCCACUACACA